AUGGUUUAUAAUAAAAAAAAUAUUGUUUGUGGUGAUUGCGGUGGUAUUCCUGCUGCAAAAGUGCGAGAAUUAUUAACAACACUCGAAAAAUCUCAAGCAUUUAAAGCAUCAUUAUCAAAAAAUGCAAACGCAACAAUGCCCCUGCCGUUAUCGCCAUUUGAUAUUCCAUCAGCAACUACCAUAACUGUCACAGCACCACCACAACAACUUAUACAUAAAGCCAUCUCAUUUCGUGCACAUGAUCGUUCAAAAAAUGAGACACGUAAACGUUCGUUAUUGUUAAUAAAAUCAAACAGACAAGGUAAGAAAUCAUUGACAACAAGAACGAAUGAUAAACGAUCAAAAUUGAAAGAAUUAAGUGGAAAAGUGGGAAACAAAACGAUUUUUAGUGUUAAUAAACGACGAAAAAUAUUAUUAAAGAAUAAAAAUAAGAAAAGAGUGGAUAAAACAUUGAAUAAUGUUGUUAAUAAGAAAAAAAGCAAUCGUCGCCAGCAAACAAGUUUGAUGAAAAAAAAAGAAAAAAAAUCAUAA